AUGUUUGCCAUUGUUGGGGUUUAUAACUCCCAAAACGAUAGAAUUUGGGCGGCGAAUUAUGACGAAGCUGAUGCGAAAGGUGGCAUCAAGCAAAUACAGGAAUUUCCUCAAAAGGUUAUGGUCUGGCUUGGAAUAUGCUCUAAAUGGAUAUCUCCUUUAGUAAUUUUCGAAGGAGGAACCGUUUAUCAUGUGCGGUAUAUAAAAGAAGUGCUUCCAGUUGUUCUUAAAUUUGGAAAUGGCAUUUUUGGAAACGAUCGGAUGUUUCAACAAGAUGGCGCAAAGCCACAUACUCAUAAGAAAACCCAGGAUUGGUACCGAGAUCAUUUUCCAGGUUCGAUCGACAAAGACCACUGGCCUCCAAACAGUCCUGAUCUCAACCUAUUGCACUAUUGCAUAUGGGAUAAAUAUGCUAGAGCGAUCAACUGGGACCUAGUGACAUCUAAAAAGACCCUUAUUAAUCAACUCGAAUGUGCUGUCAAGAAAAUUCCUGAACAGAUACUUUUUGAAAGUUGUUCAUCUUGGACCAGCCGAUUGUAUCGGUUAAAAGGAAGUCAUGGCAACUAUUUAAAUAAAUAA